AUGCCAAAAGAAAUACUUGUCAGCAAUAUACCUUACGUAGCUAAUGCUGUUAAUGUGAUCGAAGCAUUAGAACCGCUUAUUAGUGGAAAAGUUAUUCGGUGUGAAUUAACGACAAACAAGCUUAACAAUAAUCCUCGCGUUAUCAACGGUGGUUUGGCUUUUGUCACUCUCGAUGAUGACGACGCAGACGAUCUGUUAAGCAGGGCCGACUAUAACACACCAAUUUGCAUGACCAGACAAUUAACUAUACAAGAAAAUAAGAGAAGAGGAAGAAAGAGGCGUAAUGUAGAACCCUCGACUAAUGCAGAUGAACCAACAUUUCCGGUUUCGAGUAUUGAGUUUGGAAAUUGGGCAGGUCAACUGCCAAUAGCUGAUUAUAAAAAGCGUGGAAAACGUCCACUGCAAACGCAAAGAUGGACAUUUCUUUGCGAUUGGAGAUAUCCUGAUUAUUAUGUUGAACCCAAGUUAUGCAUGUCAAAGGAAUCGGACGCAAUUCUUAUAGACGGAUUUACCUUAUCAUCUAAUCUUGAAAAUGAGAAACGAAUUAAAAUACCAUUCAGUUGGCUAUCAGAUUCCCGUCGUGGAAUCCUUCUCGAUGUGCGAGAGUGUGAAAAUGGUUUCAUUUCCCUGUAUAUUUCACUUAAAUGUCCACCCAUACUUUUACGCAAAACAAAUAAGUAUACUCAAAGAAGCACAAAUACUAGAUUGCUGUAUUAUAUUUACAAAGAAGAGGAAUGGAUUAGAACAUACGAUUGGACAGGUAUUGUUAAUGCAUUUGGAAAAUUUUUAGUCUAUAGACUAAUAAUUACAGAAAAUCAUAAAGAGAUCAAAAAAUAUUUAAAUAAUUUGUCAAUUCCUGGUGUCCCAACUCGUGUUCCUAAAUGUAUUGUUUCAUGUGAGGAAAUACCGAAGGACUCAGAAUCUUACCUUAAAGUAACUUUUGAACUUUUACCAUUUAGAAUUUGUUUCAAGUUAGAGUCUUUAAUUUCACAUGGUAUAGUUACAAUGCAUGAAAUUAUGGAGUAUAAAAUCAGUGAACAAUUAAUUAGUCUUAUUUGUGAAGAAAAGGAGACAAUUGCCUGGUAUGCUCUUAAUCAAAUGACGAUUCAACAUUGGGAUCCAGGUGAUGAUAGAUAUAAUAGACGGCCAGUUGAGAUCUUUCAGAUUGCAUUAACAAGUUUCCGGGGAGAAUACGAUGAAUGGCACCCGGCUAAUCCAAAUAUUAACUUAAAAGAAACUAAUCGUUGCGCAUGGGUUAAUCAUGCGACUAUAACACCCACCAAAAUCUAUUUUGAUGGCCCAGAAUACGAAACAUCAAAUCGUAUUCUUCGACAAUAUUCAGAAUAUAGUGAUAGAUUUAUUCGCAUCACGUUUAAAGAAGAAAAUUUUCAUAGAUUAUUUAUUAAUGAACAAUACACAGAUAUACGUAAUAUAAGGAUUAGUAAUAUAUUAAAAAAUGGAUUCACCGUAGCUGGGAGACAAUAUGAAUUUCUUGCUUUCUCAUCUUCGCAAUUACGAGAAAAUUCAUGUUGGUUUGUAUCUACAGACCAUGAGCUUAAUGCGAAUAUGAUAAGAGCAACAAUGGGUGACUUUAGUGAGAUUAGAGCUCCUGCAUUGUAUGCAGCUCGGAUGGGUCAAUGCUUUACUAGCACGAUUGGUACUCUAGAAUUAGAUGAAAAUCAGAUAAUAAGAAUUCCAGAUAUUGAACGAAAUAACUUUACGUUUAGUGAUGGUUGUGGGAAUAUCUCCCCAGGUCUUGCAGAACUUGCAACUAAACAUUACUGGGGUACAGAGCAAAAUGACGAAAUACCAUCUGUCCUUCAAUUUAGAUUCGGAGGUUGUAAGGGAGUUUUCUCAGUUAAUCCGAAUUUAUAUGGGAAUGUUAUAUGUUUACGCCCUAGUCAAACAAAAUUUGAGGCACCGAUCUCAACAAAUUUGGAAAUUGUAAAAGCGGUCAAAAAUCCGUUAGCAGCACAUCUAAACAGGCAGAUCAUUACUGUGUUAUCUUCACUUGGCGUCUCUGAUGAUAUUUUUAUUGAACUUCAAAAUAAUGCAAAAACGGAUAUUGAUUCUAUGAUGCGUAACCCUCUAAAGGCCAGUGAGAUCGUGAAAAGAAGUUCGGGAACAAUGGGAUGUUCUCAUGUUAAUCGCACUAUCCUUAGUUUGAUUGAAGAUGUUGGUGGGUUAAUGGAAGAUAAUGAGCCGUAUUUAAGAGGAAUUCUAGAAUGUAAACGGAUAUUUGCGUUGAAAUACCUAAGAUACAAAGCACGAAUUCCGGUACCAGAAGGAUACAUGUUAUUUGGCGUUCUUGAUGAAACUGGAAUUCUUGAACCAGACCAAGUUUAUAUACAAACUUCAAAAAUAAUAUCGAACAAUGGCACAUUUCGUACAGCAAAUAAGAGAAUUCGAAGAGAGCAUAAAGUGCUAACUGGUCCUGCAGUGAUCGCACGAAAUCCGAGUUUACAUCCUGGCGACAUAAGAAUUGUUUGGGCUGUAGAUGUUCCAGAAUUAAAUCAUCUUAAAAACUGUGUCGUUUUUAGUCAAAAAGGAGAUCAGCCAUUGCCCAAUUGUUUGAGUGGCGAUGGUGAUGAAUUUUUUAUAUGCUUCGAUUGGCGUAUUUUCCCAAUGAUUGACCAUGACCCUAUGGACUACAGUCCUCCAAAGAGGAAAGAACUGGAUAGACCAGUAGAGAUUUCAGAUAUUUGUGAAUUCUUUACAGAUUUCACGAAAAAUGAUCGUAUUGGUAUGAUUGGAAACUUGCAUCUUGCCUUAGCAGAUUUUCAUCCAGAGGGUAUAUUUCACCCACAAUGUCUGAAAUUAGCAGAACUGCACUCAAAAGCAGUCGAUUUCAACAAGACAGGUGUUCCUGUUACAGAACCGUUACCAAUGAUGGAUGAAUAUCCAGAUUUUAUGGAAAAUAAAACCAAGGAUGAAUAUGAAUCUCAAAAAAUUCUUGGCAAGUUAUAUAGGAACAUAGAACUUGUUCAGUCAAAAAAUAACCUGCUAUUAAAUUACGAUACAACUGAUAAAAUUACUCCAAAAGAAAUUUUUCUCGCACCAGGAUACGAGGAUUAUUUAGAAGAAGCCGAAGUAUGCAGAGAUACGUAUAACGGUGAAAUACGUAGUUUGAUGAAAAAAUUUAGGGUUAAAACAGAACCAGAGAUUAUAACAUCAAACCUUCUUAGCUUUCACCGAAUCGAUGGAAGAAAAAGUCAGGACAUUCGAGAAUCGAUAUCUGGAACAAUUUCCUUCACAAUUCAUAAAUUUCGUAAGCAUUUUUUGAUAGGAUUGCAAGAUAACAUUGAUCAAUAUGUUGACAAUGAUAGAUAUAAUGUAAAUAUUCCAAUAACCAAUGAAACAAAAGCCAAAGCAUCAGCUUGGUAUUAUGUUACAUAUCACGAAGAAGAAUUUCCGGAUGCUAGUGAUGACAGGAGACUGUUAAGUUUUGCAUGGACAGUUUCAGAUAUUCUCUUAGAAAUAAGAAAAGAACAUAUAAAUGAAUCUGAAGAUGAUCAAAUCUUUGAUUAUGAUCGUUUGUUAUCUGAUGCCAAUUAUAACAAUGCUGUAGAUGAAGUUUUUAAAGGAGAAAAUAUUUUUGAUAAUGAUGGUCUUGGAAUCGAUGAAGAAUUAAAUUAA